GUAACAGGGGAAGCGCUUGCGGGGAAAAGAAACUGUUGCCGCGGAUUGUAGGAGUGCCGUGCAGCAGUGAAGAGGCGCGUGAGGCAGAUUAUUUGGGGGACAACCAAAUAAAUGCCCACUUCGUGAAGGUGGCAGGUGGUGCAGAACUUAAUGCUGGACUGGGCUUGGCCAAACCCUCAUGGACUUCGGAGGCAGAGGCACAGCACUAAAUGUUGGACUGGACUGAACCCAGCAUUCAGAUGUCUGUCACUUCCAAACCAAUGUGGACUGCAGUGGUCAGCAGGUGUACAAUAAUGGUGGACAAUCAGGCUGCGCUAAGGAAGUACACAGCCGACCUUAAUGAGUAUUGUCAGAAAAAACAAUUAAAAUACGACUAUAAAGAUGUUGAUGUCACAGGACCUCCUCAUGAUCGUAUCUUCACUGUAAUGGUUGUAAUAGAAGAGAAAGAAUAUCCCCCAGCAACUGGUAAAUCCAAGAGGGAGGCAAGAAAACGUGCAGCAAAAUUAACUUGGGAGACUAUACUCCAUGAAGAGGCACGUUCUGCUUCGGCCCCACUGCAGCAGCCGCAACCAUCUCUACCCCCAUCCUCGCCGCCAUCGCAAUUGCCACAACCUUCUUCAGAUGUGGUAUCUUCAUCUAUGAACUAUAUUGGCUUUCUCAAUGAAUAUGCGCUAAAGAAUAAAGUAUAUGUUCAGUAUCCUUUGAUGGAUAAAUCUGGAGAAGAACAUAAACCAAACUUUUCCUGUGCCUGUACAGUUGAUGGUGAAAUUUAUGGUGAAGGUACAGGCAAAAACAAGCAAACAGCAAAGAAUAAUGCAGCCAAGCAAGCUUAUGAAAAGUUGAUAGCCCAGUCAGCUUCUAAGACAGAACAAAGUGCUGCUUCUAUAAAUAGGUUUCUUCAUAAUUCUCAGGAAGCUUCAGAAGAGGCAUCUAUGAAUGGUAUGGAUUCUGACUUGGAAUGUAAAGGCAUAAAUGGCAAACCGGCUACUGAAAUUGGUGCUUCAUCUACUGAAACUGGUGCUUCAUCUGCUCUGGGAAGUCCUGCAGUUUCCGCUGUGAAAUCUAAAAGGAGAGAGACGCUGUUGGCACCCACGUUUUCAAAACUGCAUCAAAGGGAAAACAAGUAUACUACCAAUGAAAAGUUUCUUGACAAUUUUGUAGAUAUAGAAAAAAUUGGUAGUGGUGGAUUUGGCCGCGUUUUCAAGGCAAAGCAUAAAAUUGAUGAGAAACUGCGCGCUGUCAAGCGAGUGGAACUCAAUUUAGAAGAAGAAAUGGCAGAAGCAAAACGUGAAGUGAAAGCUUUAGCAGACCUUAAACAUGAUCACAUUGUUCGAUAUUAUGGUUGCUGGAUUGGGAAAGACAGCUUUAACUUAGAAGACAGCAUAGGUGGUAAAAGAGACCUCAUCAAAAAGAAAAAAAUAGGAAAACUAUAUGUUGCCAGAAUCGGCAGGACAAUCUGAGUACAACUGUGUACUUUUUGGCCUGAAAAGGCACUUAGGAAUGGAACCUGCAGAGCAGAAAUCCUGGGACAACCUUCAGCAAAUGGAGGCAGGGAGAAUCCCUUCAGUAGCGCACAAAAUGUUCGACACAAGCUGAGGAGGAAACUGAGAGCCAGGCCGGAAAAAUAAGAUACCUGCUGAGUUCUGCACAGCCAAGCAGGAGCCAUUUUGCAGAUGACUUGAGGGGGAAAAGUCCAUCUUUUAGCAUCUACUAAAUAAUAUGGCUUGGGCUGAAAUAAAAUGCCCUGAGGAUGAUUUGGAGAAAAAACUGUGUUGAGGUCCUUCCUAAGAUAACUUUUUUUUGUAUCCUCUAGACAUCUUAUUUGUGCUGUGCAGAAUGGGCCAAUGUUCUCUGAU